UAGGUAGCACCAUACGCGCUCUCUCUCGACCGGGCACCGUAGUAGAGGACGUUGGAGUCACUCUGAAGGGACAAUUCAACAAAUAACAAAAUAAGAUAACCGAUUGAAAGCAUCACCAUGUUUUCCCGCGUUGCAAGACCAGCUUUUAACAUUACCCGGAGCCUAUCCACAUCCUCGCAGAACAAUGCCAAAGUGGCGGUGCUGGGUGCGGCUGGGGGCAUUGGCCAGCCCCUGUCCCUGCUGCUGAAGAACAGCCCCCUGGUCAGCCAGCUCUCCCUGUACGAUAUCGCUCACACUCCCGGAGUGGCCGCUGACCUCAGCCACAUCGAGACCAGGGCCCAUGUCACCGGUCACAUCGGCGCAGACCAGCUGGAGGCCGCGCUAAAAGGCUGCGAGAUUGUUGUCAUCCCCGCUGGUGUUCCCCGGAAACCAGGCAUGACCCGUGAUGACCUGUUCAACACCAACGCUACCAUCGUGGCCACCCUGGCCGACGCCUGUGCCCGCUUCUGCCCAGAGGCCAUGAUCUGUGUGAUCGCCAAUCCCGUGAACUCCACAAUUCCCAUCACAGCUGAGGUUUUGAAGAAACAUGGCGUUUACAACCCCAACAGAGUAUUUGGAGUCACAACAUUGGACAUCGUCCGAGCAAACACCUUUGUCGCUGAGCUGAAGGGUCUGGAUCCUGCACGGGUCAAUGUCCCAGUGGUUGGAGGUCAUGCCGGAAAGACCAUCAUCCCUCUCAUUUCACAGUGCACGCCAAAAGUGGAGUUCCCAGAGGACACACUUACUGCCCUGACAGGCCGCAUCCAGGAGGCUGGCACUGAGGUGGUGAAGGCCAAAGCAGGAGCAGGCUCUGCCACGCUCUCCAUGGCCUACGCUGGGGCCAGGUUCACCUUCUCCCUGCUCGAUGCCAUGAACGGCAAGGAGGGAGUUGUGGAGUGCGCCUUCGUUAGAUCCGAGGAAACCGACUGCAAAUAUUUCUCCACCCCUCUCCUCCUUGGGAAAAAUGGAAUUGAGAAGAAUCUGGGCCUUGGCAAGCUUUCAGCCUUCGAGGAGAAGCUAGUGGCCGAAGCUGCUGGUGAACUGAAGGGCUCCAUCAAGAAAGGGGAGGACUUUGCUCAGAACAUGAAAUGAGAGGGCCAGGAAACCUCAUUAUUUAUGUUACUUGUUGGGCACCAAGCUCUCCCAGAAUUCAACUCCAAAUCAUGACCGCUGACAGCACUUGUAGGUCUUUGUUACUGUCCAGAAAUGUAAAUGAUAUCACAAAUAAACGGUCUAUGUUUUA